AUGGAGUAUUUCAAUCUUCUACCCGAAGAGAUUACACUCGACAUUAUCAGUAGAGUCCCAGCCGAAUCGGUCCUGGAAUGCAAAUUAGUUUGCACAAAUUGGAGAUGUCUUGUUGGUCAUCCAUCAUUUUCCAAGAUGCACCUAGAUCAUCUGAAUCAUCCUGCGACUGAUUCUGGUGAGUUAAAUUUCAUUGCUUUUACUUCUUCUGAUUGGUGGACGAAUUACAAUUUUCGGUAUUUUGAAUAUGAUGAGAAUCAUGAAUCAAUCGAGAGAAUGAGAAUUAGAAGGCUUAAUGUUAAAAUUCCAUUUGGGUGGGGUACUAUAUUCGUUGGGUCGUGUAAUGGUUUGAUCUGUUGUUAUUCAAGUGCGUAUAUUUGGAUUUGUAACCCCAUCAACAGAGAGUAUAUUCUGCUUCCAGAAAUUAACAGAGUUGGAAUGUAUUAUAGGGGGAACGGAUUUGAUUAUGUUUCUUCAACCAAUGAGUACAAAGUCGUAACAAUAAUUUUUGAGAAGGAGACCGAGUUUACCGAGUUUAUGGAAGUUCAUGUAUACACUCUAGGGAGUGGAAAAGGAUGGAAAAAUCUUGGAAAGUUCAAUCUUGGAACCAGGGAUAUUUGGGAGGAGGUAUCUGUUUGA